AUGCAGCGCAACGCGCCCAAGCGUCGCUCCACCCGUCCAAGGCCAAACACUGACCAGAGUGUGUCGCUUAGAGGGGAAAAGGUGUCGCCAACGAGGGUCGUAUCAAACACUUCUCGUCGUCCCAACAAAAGGCGAGCGGGGGCCUCACUGUCAGCACCUCUCGGCGAACCCGAGCAGGUGGUGCCCCAAUACUACCCACCAGGCGGCAUUAACUCCAGACGCAUGCAAGUGAGCCGUCGUGUGGCUGGUACCGAGAUCGAGGGUGUUCCAUAUGGUGAUUUGUCGCAUCCAAUGAUUUACUCUCAGAGCAUGCUUGGAGGGUUAAGCGAUCAUUUGUCGAGGGUCCAAGCGCGCUCAUCCCACCUCUUAAUUGGAGCGAACGGAAGGAAUCACGGUCAAGGUUCCGGAGGACUUACGCACGGUGUCAUGUCUGGCCAAGGAAAACAGGUUGUUGGUGUGCACCAAGGAGCACUUCGGCUUUCUGAUGAGAUUCCUCAUUCUUUCGAUGAGAGGAAGGCUCGUAUGGCAGGAGGAAACGCUGACGCUAGUCAAGGCAAAGAUCCUGUUGACGUUACUCAUAGAAUUCACGAAACUAAUAGUCACAACUUGUUGUACGAUUAUGGACGUGAUGCCUUUACCCUGCGAAACUCUGCGUCUCACCAUGAGCCAUCCCAAGGCCAUCAAGCCCCUCCCAACGACGUGUCUCACAACCCUCCGCCUCGGUUAGUAUACAUUGCGCCGGAGCAAGCAUUUCAGCGCCUUGAGGAUAACCCCAGUACUACUUCGUUCUGGUCCCCUCAGAGUCAUUUACUCCAGUCACCGCCUAUCGCCCCGGACCAAGCGCCGCAGCAGGGGUAUUACACCAGUGCCGCACAACGGCCAGUAGACGUCUUCCGCUUUCUCUCAGCUGAGGAUGCCAUGCAACCUUCGUCCUGUAUGAGCUCAAACGUGGACGCAGAUCAAGAAGACCUAAGAACUCAGAUUCAGCACCUGUACGAUGUGACGAAAAUGCUGCCAGAGGAGCAACGGGCAGUGUCGCGGUCUCAUCGCAAGAUCUUCGACGUUGUGGAAAAGGUCCUCCACGGAGCGCGAUCGAAACUUGCCUCGUACUCUUCCGAUCCUACAUUUGACCACGAGCCGCUGAUGGUGUGCGUCAGCGAGUUGCGAACGCUGAUUGGCAUUGCUGAGGAACUCGCGGGCCAACUCGCAGGACGGCUUGGGCUUCUAUCGCCGGAGGGACAACUUGAGAGCGGGUUGAUGGCCGACGUACCACCGGUGUUUAACUCUAACACUCCUGCUGUCGAUGAAUCCGUCACCAUGGGCCAUCCGCCAAUCCCUCCGGAACCCAUGGAUGAAUUUCAUAGAAAGCGAACAGCCGUCGACGACCUUUGCACAUCCCUCGAACACCUCUAUUCCUUGUCGACCGCACUACAAACCCAAGCGAACCGGCAUACCCAAGCAGACUCGUACACACAACCUGACUGUCUCUUCGCACACCCGGGCGAAGAGAAAGACCAGAAUUUGAUACACUUCACACCGCCAUCGGCAUCUUCGGCCUUCAACGCGGCACCUGCGUUAUCAAACACUGGCCUCCCCCCUUCGGCAACGGAGUGGACGCCUAUGCUUUUGCCUCCCUAUGAAAGAGGAGGAUGGGAGUCCGGGCAGAUGGGUGUGGAUGUUGGCAACCCUAACCCUGCUUCCCUAACCGAGCACAACCACGCGUAUUUCCAGAGAUGUGACCCAUCUGAAUCGCAGGCGGCAUGGCAUCCGCCUGCACAUUCGUCGAGUUUCUCCGAGCUCGCGCAUGCUCUGGGGCCUUCUGGUGCCGGUCAGCAUGCUCGGGAGCAUUAA